GUGGGUAUAUAAUCAAAAGAGCGUUCAGUUGAAUUGGUUUGCAAGCAAGCAGGUUUUGAAUUGAUCCUGUCUCUUCUAUAGUCAAGCCAAGGAUGGGUAGUGACGGAUCAAAGAGGAGAUCCCUUCUGUUCCCCUUCAGGAGCUCUAAACCAGAGUCCAAGUUUGAAGUUAUAAACAGAAAGAAGUCACCGUUGGCUCAGCACCAUCCCCAAGCUGCGGUCAGUACCACAAUUCCAUCGGUUCCUAAGCAGUCUAUUUCCACAAUAGGAUCUGGUAAACAUGUACCAGUUCUAACAUCUUCCUCGGCGAAGCCAAGAAUAUCUUCAGCACCUGAACCAAAACAAAGGGCUCCAUCACCAACCUCACAUCAUGUAUUGAGACCUCAGAGUCCACACCUUCCACAUCUCAGUCCCCCACAUAUUCAUUCACCACAGCUAUUCGCGCGCAAGAGUUCUGAAAGUGAAAGAGAUGGGUAUGACUCGAUACAGGAUAUUGAUAUUCCAAGAUCCAGUUUAGAUGUUAUGGUUGAUGUUCCACCGGUUCCCGACUACAACACGAAGUCUUUUGCUCCUCCUCUCACAAUUCAAGGGAAGCCAAUAACCAUGAACAAAGCAGCCUCUCUACCAAGAAGAAAACCUCCAUCAGGGUUUGAGUUACACGAACCUAUGAUGGCUCAUUCAUCUCAAGAGUCCCUUUCAAAAGUGGAUAGUGGUUUAGAGGCUAUGGCUAAGCCAUCAGUGGAGAUUGUUAACGACCCAUUUCGUACGGUACAUUCCUCUAACUCUAAGAGCUUGAAGGAAGAUACGCAUCCAAAGGAGAAUGUUUCAUCCUUUGUUUCUCCCAAUAAUGAAGAUGAACAAAAAGAAAACUUCACACACAAGACUGAACCACAGUUGAGUGAAUCAGAGGAUUCUGAGUCAGACUUUAGUUUUGUCAACGAGGAUGAAAGUCUCUCAGGAGUUUUUAUGCCACCUAGUGCUCCUGGACUACAACUCUCUAGGCCCGCAAGCUCUUCGACGGCAGAUUUUUACGAUGCACAAGAUACUGUUGAAACAAGUGACGUUAACAUUGACAGUGUAACAUCAGAUAUGAAUAAUGUCCAGCUGACAGGGGACGAAUCACAGCAGGACUCAGGCAAUGAAGGUGACCAAUCAAGUGUAGAGGUUAAGCCAUUAAACUUCCAUAGAAAGACACAGAGUGAGACCUUGGGGAUUAUACCUGCUUUAAUAACCAAAUCCGGAGAGCAAACACAUAAAAAGCAACUGUCUCUUUCCGAUGAAAUUAUGAAGGAUAUUGAAAACUACCAACCAGGAGGAGUGCAUUACGAGACAGAUGGUGACACUGAAGAGGAAAUGAGCGAUGUUUCACCUGUUACUCCGCUGAAUAAAAGCAACCAACUCAAGGAGGAUAUCCAACUACCUACAAGCCUAGAUCAAGCAGUGUCAGGUAUCCAAAAAACCCCUUCAAUAGACAGUCCAGGUCCAUUGAGGAGACGUGAUUCCCUGUUCCAAGAUUCGUCGUCAGAGGAAAUCGUUCUACAAAGACAAAAUCUAUUGGAUGACGAAUCAUCAAGUGAUGAGGAACAAAAUGACAAAUCAUUUGAAUCGAACAGCUCAACUGCACCGCAGAUAAAUUACAUACCGACCAAUUCAUCUGGAUUGGACUAUAACGAGAAAUCAAGUUCAUCAAAGGGCCUUCCAAGAUCUGAUUCUCUUAAUGAUUUAAAUCUUAUCACACAACAAGAUGUUCCUUUCAAUUUGCAGAAGUCAAAUGCACCAGUAAUAGUCCCUGGUGAUAUUUAUACACAACCGCUUAUAGAGUCUCCUCACUCAUCAAGAGCCGGAAGUUCCGUUUAUCCAUUCGAGUCUUCUGAAAAGCUGCCAUUGACAACUAAUAAUGAAGACUUUAUCUCAUCUGAUGAGAAAACCAAUGAAUUAUCAAGACAACCUAUAACACCCGAGGUUAAUGAAAGACCACGGGUAUUUCAUGUCGUUAACGAUGGGAAUUACUCAAGUAGUGACGAAGAUUCAAUUGUUGAACCAGAGGGAAAUUCCACAGCAGAUUACAGUGUGGUUCAUCAGGAAACUUUUAACCUGCUGAAUAGGUCAACCACUGCAAGUUCUGAAGUUUUGAGCUUUACAGCGAAAUCACCACAAAUGUCUCAUUUCAAUAUUGAUUCGCCAAACAACAAGAGCAUGGGAGUUGGGGCUCUCCAUAAUAACAUUUCUGAUUCUAAUCUAUCUGUUGGGUCAAGCAGCAUGCAACCGUCAAUUUCCACGCCCCAGCAGUCCAUUGUUUCACCUCCUGAAUCAGCAUCACCAAUGCAGUCCGAGUAUGAACCACAACCUGCGACGAACGUUUAUGACAGAAGAGCUAAUGAAGUUGUGGCACCUGUUUCUUAUUUAAGUGCUGGUGGUCAGAGAAGACGCAGGCCACCUCCACCAGAUAUCCCAACAAGAUCUGGAAGGAGUGCUUCUUUGACACAACCAAUAAACACAUACAAUUCUGUGAAAGAAGUUGCCGAAAGCCGUCCUGUUAUUCAACACGAACCGCAGAAGUCCAACUAUGUUGAAAUGCUCCGUCUUGGAACUGGAAUAGCCAAUACAAAUGCAAAGGCUUCCCAGUGGGGGUUGCCUAUUGGAAUAUCAGACAAUGAUUAUUCCAAGGCCAGCUGGAGAACUUCUUAUAAGAGAAGCUCACGGGUCACUAAGAACGACUUGAAGCAUGGAAAGAUCAAACAACGCCAACUCGCAUUGGAAGUUGGUGAUGAUGACGAUGAUGAGUCACUUGCCACAGCUGCUCGUGGAUCCUCUGAAUUGAAAAGAAACGACACAGGCCAUUCAAUAGGAGCGAACUCCACAACCACAUCCAUAGGAGGUGCACUCGUCUCUCCUGGGUCCCAUUCUUCAAUGAGUUUCUCUCCAAAGAGAGACAGUGUCCCCUCAGUGACUCGAUCCGGAACAUUGCUCAACGACAAGAUUUCACCCCAGAUAUCCAUUGGAAGGAGUGGAACUGUCAGAGACGGUGAUAAGGGUCACAUGACUCUCUUCAUAGCCAACCCUGAUAUCCAAGAAUGAGUUAAUUGGACGUUUAUAGUAUUCUUUAACUAAUUUCUACUAUAGAG